UGACAAGCGUCUAUGUGACUUGUGGUAACAAGUAUCAACAAAUAAAUUGGAAAGGUGGGAAUCCCUUCAAUUUUUAAUUUUUGGGGCCGUAAAUAAUGACGAACUAUGUCCCGUCUCAUGUAUUCGCAUCAAUAACAACAAGAAGUAAUAAUCAACAGUCUAACACGCAAGGAAUUCUUCCGCCUCAAAGAGAUAACAUGUUUUCUAAUUUGCAAAAUCCAACAGAAAAUUAUUCAAACAAAACAAUACCAAUGGAUAGAACAGACAGACUUAUUAAAGUAACAGCGGUUGGUGAAGUGUCUCUACCACCUGAUAGAUGCAGAGUAACAGUGAAAGUUCAUAGUACAAAGGACAAUGUUCAGGAUGUGAAAAACAGUAUACAGAGACGUCUUGAUUAUAUCCUCCAAACAUUUCAGAAUCAUGGUGUCAAGGAGACUGAUAUUCAAGUUCACAAGUCAAUGCGAAGGUUGGAGAGCAUGUAUGAUAUGACAACAGAAGUUAUAGUGGUGUUCCUUGAUUUUCAUAAGUGCCAGACAGCUUGUAACCUUCUGGUUGAAAAAUUAGAUGAAACUGUCAGUGUAGGGAUGCCAGAAUUUUAUCAUGCUGGGACAACAUUAGAAACCCUUAGACAACAAGCAAGUCUCUUGGCUGUACAUAAUGCUAAACAGAAAGCUCAAGAAAUGGCAAAAUUUGUACAUCAAGCUGUAGGCAAACCUAUCUGCAUACAGGAGGAGGAGUCUAAGGAGUGGGAGGGUCAGAUUGAGGGUGUGGCAGAGGUAGAGACACACCCAACAGUGCAGCAAAGAAUCUCACAAGCUACAGUGACUGUUUCUUGUAGAGUAAAUGUAACAUUUGAACUUAAACCUAAAGUUAAGACCAAGUCAGCAUCAUGAUAUUUUUAUUUUGUAAAUGGUAGCUUUAAAUGGAAAAGUUGCAUAACUAUAGCAUUACAUAAUAGGAAAAGACAUACAUAUUCAUGGAUGUGAUGAAAUUAAUUUACAUAAUCUAUAGGACUUUAAGUAGUAAAAUAGAAAAGAAAAAACAUAUGGAUUCCCUGAAUGACCAGUAUAUUGUUCUGGACAGUGAUAAAGUAAAAUAUUUUUAGAUAAAACCAUGAUGGCUGAUUAUGAUAAAUCAUCUAAGUUAUGCGUGGAAGUGUAAAAUACUAAGAGGAUAUUUUUUCGUUUGCGUGAAAUAUGGAAUAUAUUUUCACGAAACAUGAUAAAAUGCCACAUAUUUUCACGAGCCGGUACGACGAGUGAAAAUAUGUGGCAUUUUUUCAUGUUGAGUGAAAAUAUAUACCAUAUUUCACAAAAAACGAAAAAAUAACCUUUUUAUUUAAUUUCAUUAUCAAAGAAAAUGUUAACGAAUCCCCUUGCUUGCUACCAACUGCAAUUGUACAGCGCGCAGUAAUUUAUGCGUAAGCACGCGCUGUUUGGCGCUACAUUGUGACGUCAUGUAAACAACUCUUUAAGCGUCUGUACAGCGUUAAUUACUGAAUUAAAAAUAUUGGUGUUCGGAUUAAUUUUCUUAGUUAGACCAUUUUCUAUCAUGCUAGAAAGUUUUCAAAACAAUAUUCAAGAAAAAGUUGUUUUGUAUUUAUCAGAUUUUUCAAACAAAACGGCGAAAGAAGUCCCUUCAAAUAAAUAUGAGUUUUGACUCCGCCCACUUUCAUAUUUAUAUUUCAUAUUUAUUUUUAAAAAAAUAUGAAAUAUAUUUGACUGAUAUAGCACCAUAUUUCAUGGAUAAAAUUAAAUAAUGUUUAAUAUUUUUCAUUAAUCAUUUGUAACAUGUGUUGAUAUAGUCUUUGCUAGGACUGCAUUUAUCCUGUGAUAAAAAUGUACAUGUACCAGUGCAUGUUAUUAUUUUAUGAACUUUGCUUGUAUUAUUUAUUACAUGUACUAUUAAAGAAGUGUCAACUUGUGACAGUUACCCCCCAGUAUGCCCAAGUAUCAUGGGAUUAGAUAAACUGUCUAAAUAAGUUUUGAUUCAUAUAGAAAUGUAUAUAUAGUUUAUAUAUAAUGUGAUUGAAAGAUGUGUAAAUAAAUUAUGUUUUGGUACAUACAGUUUUUUUUUGUUUUUUUUUUGUAGAAAUUUCUUUUCAUAUUAAACAUUCCUAGGAUUAUUACAAUUACGCCAGAUAUGAAAUGCAUGUUUAAUCACAUUGCUCACUUUUUUCUGUAAUGUUUGUACAUGUAUAUAAACCAGUCAGAUUCUUUA